AUGAGUUCCGAUCAACUCAUAGCUAACGAGUUGUUGGCGUUUAUACAAAACGCCAUUGACACCAAGGACGAGGUCAGCAUCCUGCAGAUCUGUAAGUCCAACUUCAAGGAGGAUGAGGUUUGCAGUGGCAAGGCGCUGCUGUUCCGGUUUGUCGGCAAGGCCGACAAGAUGCCAUCUCGACGGAGGGAUGGAACAGAAAAGAGUGUGCAGGAUAUAAUCACCCUGCUAAAGGAGACGGAUCCGGACGACGUGCCUACAUUCGUGGCAAAGGAGCUGCACAAGCUGCCCCCGGUCACGUUCGACCGCGUCGAUGUCACCAGGCUGCUAAAGGACAUCAACUUCCUGAAAGCUACCCUGGCUGAUGUAGUAAACAAGUUGGAGGACGCGAAUAACAAUAUCGGUGAGUUGCGAGCUCAGGUAGAUUUAUUAAGCAACAAUGCAUGCGCAAGUAGGUCACCCGAAGCAUCUAACGUGAACACACGUCGUGGGGCGCAAAAUGCAUCCGUCGGCAGCAUUGAGUCGGCGCCUGCGAGUGCGUCACCGGCCGCCGCCACCGCGAGCGAUGCCUCGCGCCUCGCCGCCGCCGCCCGCCCCUCCGUCACACCGGAGACGUCACGCGCAUGCACGUCUACACCGCAACGUGCCUACGCAGCUGCAGCCGCCAGCCGACCCGUUGAUGCGGUUCCGAAUUGCGAGCGUCGUAGUAAACAACAAACAGAGAAGAGUAGCAAACUCAGCAUCCAACGUGCUACUCCGGCAGCGUCACAAAAGCGGAUUUCUGACGAAAAGGGUUUCAUUAAAGUGGAAAGGAAGAAGAGGAAGCCCAUUCGCCGCAAUCUGUGUGGUGCCGCCCCGACCGGACCGAACCAUCUACUGCGUCCUGCAAUACCGCCGACGCCGCUGUACGUGUCCCGACUGCAUUACUCUACGAAGGAAGAGGAGAUCGUAGAAUACCUGCGGAUUAAGACCAAUUUCUCCCUCAGAGUCGCACGGUUGGAGUCCCGUCACAAUGUGAAUUUUAAUUCCUUUGUGGUGCGGGUGCCAACCGAACAUCAGGCGACGUUCAUGAAAGAAGAUUUUUGGCCGAAAGGUGUUGUGUUUCGGCGGUUCCGAGGCCGGCUACCUGACACCACUCCGCGUCACACGUCGCCGUCUAUACGUGUUAAUUAG